UUCUCAUCACGCCAGCCCCGCCAUCAUCCCAUCAAAAGCAGAGCGUCAUCCUCCGGUCAGCCGGCGAGAAGGGAGCGAUGGCCAAGUGCGGCAGGAUCCAGAGCAUCGUCCGCCUCCAGCAGACGCUGCGGCGGUGGCGGUCCCGUGCCGCCUCGGCGGCGCCGGUGCCGUCGGGGCACGUGGCGGUGUGCGUGGGCGGCGGGUCGCGGCGGUUCCUGGUGCGCGCGGCGCACCUCAACCACCCCGUGUUCCGGGAGCUGCUCCGGCAGUCGGAGGAGGAGUACGGCUUCCCGUCCACCCCCGGCCCCGUCGCGCUCCCCUGCUGCGACGAGGACCGCUUCCUCGACGUCCUCCGCCGCGUCUCCUCCGAGGACCGCCGCGGCCGCUCGCUCUGCUGCCGCCUGCCGGUCGUCACCACCCGCGACGUCGCCGCGCGGCCGCUGCUGCAGGGGAUGGCGAUGGAGAAGCUCGUCUGGUGACCAACAUACGGAAGCUGCGCGCAAGCUGAGGGCCGGCGGUUUGGUUCCGCCGCCGGCGGCAACAGCAACUGUUCCGUUGGACGGCGAAAAGGUCUAAGCCUCUCGUGCGCCUGCCGGGAGCCGAGAAGACGAGCUGGCACCGUGAAUGACGCGCAGGGCGAGCCAUGACAGGUCGGCCGAUUGAAGGCCGUGCUCCCGUGCCCGGCGUAGUGGCGGGGCGCCCCAACCGUAGAUCUUCGCGGGCGCCGCGCGUGCGCAGCUGAGGCUGGCCGGGGGGCGUGCGGUUAGCAACUACUGUAGUAGCUCUGUAAUGCUUGAUCUUGGCUGAAGGUAGAAGAUGAAGAUUUGUUCCUUUUUACUAGUAAUUGCUUGAAGAACAUGAUGACUUUCCUGAUUGUCUAGAGUCGUCUUGCUGAAAACUUAUGAGAUUGUCGUAGCUGGUUGCAUCCUCGCAAGGAAUACUUUUAAAAUAGAAAUUGUUCCUUGCUGCA